AUGUCGGGAACUGGAGUUCCCCCCAUCAGCAUCGAGGGCUCCGCUGACUGGUUAUCCUUAAGCAGGAUGAUCAACAAUGAGAGGAUCCAAUUCUCCAAGGCGAGGACGGCGGGUAACAGUGUGAAGGUGUCCACAAACACACCAGCUGACUACCGUCAGCUAGUCGCACUGCUGGACUCUAUGAAGCGGCCCUUCUUCACGUACCAGUUGAAGGAGGACAAGAUGGACCAGAGGGUAGUACGAGGACUACCCAGGGAGAUGUCGACUGAGGACAUCAAGGAAGAUCUAGUGAACCAGGGUGUGUAA